AGGAACAGUCAGCUCAAUCUGAAAUGUCAUAAAAUAAAAAAUCUAUAAAAAAAUAAAUAAUAAAUAAUGUCUUAUUGACGUUUCAUGUACUUUAAAGAGCUGAGACAAAAAAAACCACAUGAUUUUGAUUCACUCAGAAUCAGCUGCGUCACAGACGGUUUGAUGAAAUCAUACUUCCACUUCAGCAGUGGUUUUCUUAAAUAAAUGUAAUAAUAAAUAAUGUAAACAUGUGCUUUUUAAUCAUCACAAAUAUACAUUUCGUAAUUUCUUCUCUUUUUUUGUCUUAUGUGGUGGAUGUUCGUAAUAAUAACACAGAGCUGGGGAAAAAAUACCAAGUAUAAACCAGAUUAAAAAUCAACUCUAAUUUAUAUUUCAAUAAUAAUUUCAACAACUCUCAUUUCAUUUUCUCAUUUUUUUUUUCUUCCCUAUAAAAUCCGCGCCGUGUCGCUGUCUUGUUUCUUUAAGGAAACUGUAUCGGUGUGUGUGACUGGAUGGAGGAUGACGUCAAGGGUUGGAGGUUGUUGUAGUCUGCGGGAGGAGGCGGAUAACGGUGCUGGUGGAGCAGGCUGGACACGGGAUCAUUUGUUGAGCGUGGUUCUCCACCGACCUCCCAUGAACCGUAUGUUCCCCAGAUUUCUCUCAUGUUCUCCAGCUGAGAUCUCCGCCCUCUUCCUCUGCACCGGCGCCUCUCCAGACUCCUUCCUCUUUUUCUCCCCCGAUCACUGUGGAGUGACUGUGGAGAUGUUCCAUCGGAUGGUGCCAAACACUUCUUCUGGUCAAAAACAGACGGAUUAAGAAAAAAAAAACAAAAAACACUCAACAUCGUCCGUGGAAAUGACUUGAAGACUUUCUGCUUUGCCACACAGAGUUGUUUUUUUUUCUUUCUUUCUUUUCUUCAGAAAAGGAAAAUAUGAAUCACGUCCAGGAUCAGAACGAGGAGGAGCAGCCGGGAAAUCCGAUUACUGCGCAACAGGGGACAGCGCACCACAGUGGCUCCCACAGCCAGGGCAGCAGUCUGGGCUGCGGCCUGACUGAACUGCAGCCUCCCGCCGGCUGCAGACCGGAGUUCAGGAGGAACGCGGUGACAGACGACUAUAAGGUCACAGCCCAGGUCCUGGGCCUGGGCAUCAACGGGAAGGUGCUGGAGUGUUUCUGCAAGAAGAGCGGGGAGAAGUGUGCCCUCAAGAUUCUUUACGACACUCCCAAAGCCAGACGGGAGGUGGAGCUGCACUGGCGUGUGUCCGGUGGACCUCACAUCGUCCGGAUCCUCAGUCUGUACGAGAACGUGCACAAAGGGAAGAAAUGUCUGCUCAUUAUAAUGGAGUGUAUGGAAGGAGGGGAGCUCUUCAGUCGCAUUCAAGCCCGAGGGGACCAGGCCUUCACCGAGAGAGAGGCGUCAGAGAUCAUGCAUGACAUCGGCACAGCCAUCGGGUACCUGCACCACAUGGACAUCGCUCACAGAGAUGUGAAGCCUGAGAACCUGCUGUACACAACCAAGGAAAGCAACGCCACGCUAAAGCUGACCGACUUUGGAUUCGCUAAGGAGACGACGCUGCACAACUCCCUCCAAACGCCCUGUUACACCCCGUAUUACGUCGCCCCAGAAGUGCUUGGGCCAGAGAAAUAUGACAAAUCAUGUGACAUGUGGUCUUUGGGUGUAAUCAUGUACAUUCUUCUGUGUGGGUUUCCUCCGUUCUACUCCAACACAGGUCAGGCCAUUUCCCCAGGCAUGAAGCAGAGGAUCAGGAUGGGACAGUACGAGUUCCCCCACCCUGAGUGGGCUGAUGUUUCUGAUGAAGCCAAACAGCUAAUUGUUCAGCUGCUGAAGACAGAUCCAAAUGAAAGGAUGACUAUUGGACAGUUCAUGAAUCAUCCCUGGAUUAGCCAGUCAAUGGUGGUCCCUCCGACCCCCCUCCACACCUCACGUGUCCUGACCGAGGAAAGGGAACUGUGGGAUGACGUCAAGGAGGAAAUGACCAGUGCCCUGGCCACCAUGAGGGUGGACUACGACCAGGUGAAGAUCAAAGACCUGGACACGUCCAACAACCCGCUGCUCAACAAAAGACGAAAGAGACCCGCCUCUGGAGGAGCCGAUCGAGCAGGACAAGCCGAGACGCAAGAAGCGAGUGGAGGAGCGGUGUGUAACAGUCACAGAGAGGUGACGUUUUCAAAAGAGGUUCAAUAAAAGUCUGCUGUAUUUUCUCACCUUCUUCUUCUUCUUCUUCUUCUUUUUUCA